AGGGCUAUGGCGGCGAGGCAAGCCGCAAGGCUGCGCAAGGAGCUGCAGCUGAUGCAAUCGAAUCCUCCGCCAGGUGCGUGUGUCUGGCCCUCGCAAGACACUCUCACGCAUCUUCAAGCUCAGAUUCAAGGCCCCGAGGAGACCGUUUAUGCCAACGGCAUGUUCUUCCUCGACAUUGAGAUACCCCAGAGAUACCCUUUUGAGCCCCCCAGUGUGAGAUUUAAAACUCCAAUCUACCAUCCAAACAUUGACAGCGGUGGCCACAUUUGCCUAGAUCUGCUCCACAUGCCUCCAAACGGCUCUUGGAAGCCUUCGAUGAACAUCGCGACGUUACUGCUGUGCAUCAGACUGCUGCUAUCGGAGCCAAAUCCAGAUGACGGGUUGAUGAGCGAAACUGCUGCCGAGUACAAACACAAUCGUCCGGCGUUUGAUAUGAAAGCAAAACAGUUUACGGAGAAGCAUGCGACACAAGACCACGAAGGCGGUGGAGUUCUUGCCGAUCCUGUGACAGAGGUUAGUGAGCCGGUUGCCACUAGCCUUGGACAAGCAGCGAAACUGCGUGGGAAAAAACUACUAGUCAGCGGAAAGCAUGAAACUACUCAGGCAGUUCGAGCAGAGUCUUCGAACGGCCCUGGACAAGCUGAGGACUUUCGAGUCGUCGCCAGUCUUCACCAGGAAACUUGUCGAGCUCUUCAACAAGCACCAAAACAAGCAAGAUGGCUGUCAACCAACAAACCAUUCGAACCGACUCGCACUGACGAAGGUGAGGAGGACACUUCCAAGACUGAUAGCGGUGAGGAUCCUCUCAUUGUCUCCGACAGUGGGAGCGAGGAUGAAGUAGCCGACAGCAGCCGAGCUCGACUUAGCAAGUCCUUGGCUCUGAAACGCAAGGCCGAGAGGACUUAGAUGAAGAACUUGUUUACAGACGUUCCAGAGCUCCUUAAAGUGUUGAUAGUUGGCGGUCA